CGAGUAUUAAUAACAGUUCCAACUUUUCAAUCAUUUUAUAUUUGUUCUGUUAGUCACAUUUAAUCUUAUCAGAGGUAAUAAAACGGUAGUGUAUAGGUUUGUGCGAAGUUUGGCAUGAAACAACUCAGAUAGAAAUUAGAUUAUCAGUGAUCUUAUCUCGGAAACAAAUAUAUUUCACCUGGUUUCAUUUCGAAGUGUUACUAAAACAACUUUAUAGAAAAAUAUACGCGUUAGGUAUUAAGAGAAGUUCAAAAGUUAACAAACUGAACAGAAAGUUUCACAAACGGGCUCAUAAUUCGUAUGUAGCAAACAUGGAAAAUGACAAUUUUUAGACAGCCAGCAUUGUUAAGCAUUUUAUUGUUGUUACUCUACAAAGAUGCUAAAUCGCAGGAUCUUACUGAGGAUGGAAGAAACGGAUGUAUAUGGCAGGGUGGCUCAAUUUCCAGGUUGAUAUGCAAUUGUGAGAGUGAUGCAGAGAUCACUAUAAAAUCAGGUUCAAUCAGUUCGACCUCCACAUCAGAAAUAAUUAUCAAUGGAUGCAAAACACUAACAAUCCAACAAAACGCCAUAGCUGAUCUCAGAAAUCUCAGAAUGAUAUCCCUCAACAGUAUCCAGUCUAUUUAUUUCGAAAGUGACAGCAUUAACUGGUUCGGUUAUAGAGACAAUGCCGCUCGUGCCGUAGAAGAAGAAAGAUUCGACGUCUUUGAAAAUAACCGUCUCCAAUAGUAACAUAUCAGAAGUUUCAAGUCACGCGUUUGCGGGAAGAAUCAGUGAAGUAACUUUCGAAAACGUUAAUAUACAAAAAAUAUUUCCAUUGGCUUUUGUAAAUUUGCUUCAGACGGAAAAAAUAACAAUAAAAAACUCUUUGCUAUUAGACGUAGCAGUUCAGUCGUUUAAAAAAUGUUCAACUGAAUUUUUAGAAUUAACUAACGUGACAGCUGAUCUUAUACCCAGUAGAGCCAUUUCAAAUAUAACCGUUUACCAAAACGUUACCAUAGAUAAUUGUAAUUUUACCACUAUACGAGCAGGCGGUUUUACCGUUUAUAACCCCAAAAUAUUUCAAGUAACAAAUACAAACGUUAGAAAUUUAAAUGGAGAAGCUUUUAAAAUAGUAUCUAGGGGUAUCAUUAUUUUUCGAAAUAAUAGCUUCAAUAUCGUCGACGAUGGUGCUUUCAGAGGAAUUGUUUUAAGAAGAGAUUACAUUGUAAGCGAUUCUAGGUUUAUAUUCGAUUCUAACAAAAUCCAUACUUUGAAUCCAAAUUCUUUGCGCAUGUCCGAGCCAAGAGUGCAAUUUAGAAAUAUUAUACUCAAUAAACCCUGCGAUUGUACUGAAGUAGAUAAUAAAAUAAUAGAUAGCUCGUACUAUGAUGAAAUCAUGUGUAUAUAUGAUAAUGAACCGUUCACGAUGAGCUAUUUCAAAAGUAAUAUGUGCUCGGUUGUAAGUCAGACUUAUCUUAUAAUAAUUAUUGUUUGUAUUGUGGUUAUAUUAAUUGUAGC